AGACCUCCGCCGCCGCCGCCGCCUCGCGCCUCACGCAGUCCACGGGCAACCUGACCGUGCACUCCGACCUGAGCCUCAUGAAGAAGAAGGACGCCGACCUGGCCGCCGCCGGGUCGCCGCACCACUCGCCCGUGCUCGACAAGAAGGCCGCCAAGAAGGCCAAGGAGAAGCAGGAGAAGGAGGCCAAGAGGUCGCCCUCCAACUUCAUGCUCCUCACGCCGUGGUUCACCAGGCAGAACUGCGAGAAGCUCCUGACGCAGGUGCGCUCCGGGGACAUCCUCGAGUUCAACAUCAAGCUGCACCACCACUGGGGCAUCGCCGUGCUGCCCAAGAACAAAAAACCUAGCCUGACCACCUUGGAGAUGGCGCACCUCCUUCGAGAUAAGGACGGGCGCCAGAGGGUCGUCCGCCAGGCCCUGAAGGACUACUGGCACGAGGGCGUCACCGCCAGGAUCAACAACUCCAGGGACGUCCACAAGCCUCCUCUGGCCGCCGGGGAAGUGACGUCAGCGGCACUCAAGCUGAUCGUGCAACCAUACCGGGUGUGGCAGAACUCCGAGCAGAUGGUCGUCUCGUGUCGUUAUGGCGACGGCCAGCGAGCGAGGCAGCUCAGCGACGCAGCCAGAUGGGGUUCGCUGAGUCGGUGCGUGGGGCUGUGGCUCACCCUCACCUCCUCGACGCAGAGCAGUCCAGCCGGCUCGCCAGGCCCCCUCAGGAAGAGAACCGUGUCUGUCAAUUUCUAAGGGGCUUGGAGAAGAAGGAGGAGGAGGAGGAGAAGGAAGAGAGAAGAGAAGAGAAGGAGAGACGGGAGGCACGAGGAAAGAAGAGGAUGAGAAGAGGAACGACACGCUGUGAUGUUUGGUUCUCGAAAGGAGGAGCAGAAGUAACGUCGUCCUAAAGGUACGGAAGGAAGAGAACGAGGAGGAGGAGGAGGAGGAGGAAAGUGAGCGCGUUUUGUGGUUGCUAUAAUAAGUAUUGUCAUUAUUUUUAUAUAUUUUCACGGUACGUCUGGAGGAAGUAUAUCAUAUAUUUUUUUCGGGACGUUGGCGACACAAUGAUAUUAUAUAUAUAUAUAUAUAUAUAUAUAUAUAUAAUAUAUUAUAUAUAUAUAUAUAUAUAUAUAUAUCGUGUGGCAGUGUUUAGGUUGUAAGGUGAGAAUUGUAUUUACAAAUAUAUAAAAAGAUAUAUUUAUUUGAGUGGUAAUGGAUUAACUGUAUAGAAAACGGAUGUAGGGUAAUGUAUAUUAUUUUUUCUAGUCUUGUAUUUUUUCUUAAGAAAGUGUAUAUGCUUUUCCGCCAGUAACAAGGUAAAAGAGAAGAAAAAACAUAUAUUUAAGGAAAAAAAUAGGUAAUAGAACCUAGACAUGGGAGAUGUGAUAUUUAUAUUUUUCCGCUGAAAAGAAAACUAAAAAGACAAUGUGUUUGGAAAAUAUUCAAAUGUGAAAUUGACUUGCAAUUAGUCCAUUGCAUAAUUCCAAGUGAAGAAAAUUAUUUUCUUGAUGAAAUUCAUAAGACUUGUAUCAUGGAGAAGGUCAAUAAAUUACAUUAGUAAUUUAACUGUCACAGUAUUAGGUAAAUCAACGGAUAUAUGGUAAAAAGGGGGAAAAACGAUAUUUUGAUUCACAACACACGCGGGAGAGAAUAUGGGUAACAGACCUAUUUCGAAAUUAUUUUUUAAAUGGUUUUGAUGUUACCCUGAUAACCGGAAAUUAUCUUUGCAGUUAGAGUAAAUUACUUAAGGGAAACACACUUGAAGUAGUAGGUAUUUGAUGAACUAGAUAUAGCCAAAACAGGCACCAAAAAGCGUUUACACCUACGGCAGUUUUCUGCGUGUAGAAACACACCUCUUUGUAACUCAGUGAGUGCAGGUAAUAUAUGUAUGUCGUAGGAUUCUCUAUAUACAUAUACGUGUGUGUGCAAUGUUCAUAUCUAUACAUUCACACCAGCUAACUUCUGUACUGAAUGUGGUAGCUGUCUGCACGGCAAAUUCCUGUGUGCUCUCCGUUUCCUUUCAAUAGACUGUGCAUUAUUUCUACAGAGAUCGAGACCGCAACGAAAUCUAUAUGUGUAUGUGUGUAUGUUGACGCCUAAGACAAAGGGAUAAUUCAUCGCCAAAGGUAAAUGUUGCAACGAAAUCUCCAUAGCUUUUUGGUGUUGCAUUCAAGUUGUCACCGAAAAGAGGUGGGAAAAAAAUAACCAAAAAA